AUGAAUGCCAAACAAAUUUUCAGUUUCUUGUUGAUGGUUGUGGUGGUAUUGAGCGUUACUAAUGCUGACGAACUAAGCAUAACUGCACCAUCCGACAACACUUCCGUUGGAACAGGCUCGACAACAAAAAUCACAUGUAAAAUUCAAAAAAGCGGACUAGACUUAUUCGAUACAGGCGACGUAAAAACCCUCGAUGAUGCUGGCAACGUAAUUGAAACCGUGUUCACAGUAAAAAGCACCGAUUUCGACACAAAGAAUCCAAAUGUUAUGUCCAAAGAUUGGGUUGUCGACUCUAGCAAGUACGUAGUCGGUAACGCGUACACGAUUACAUUUACUGGUGACGGAACCCGUCGCGAUCCUUCUGGUAAUAAGAAGAGUGUUACAAUGUCAGCAAAACCAGUGACUGUUACUGUUGUUGCGUAA